CCAAGAAACCAAAGACCUGACUCGGCCAUAGCUCCAAGAAACAAGCCUACCACAACAAAGAACCCACCUUUACAUUCAUAAAACGACACCCACCAAGCUAAACCCUUCUCAAUUCUCACGUCCAUUUCAGAUUUCAGCUUCUGGGUUUUGAUCAUAUUGGAAUUUCACCUCAGAAAGAGAUGGCCGAGGUGGCGGCAGCUGCGUCUUCUUCUUCUUCUUCGUCUUCAAUCUUCACCAACUACCCUCUUCUCUCUGCUCUCAUAGCUUUCGCUCUCGCCCAAUUCAUCAAGCUCUUCACCGCCUGGUACAAGGAAAGAAGAUGGGAUAUUAAGCAACUUGUUGGGUCUGGCGGAAUGCCAUCAUCUCAUUCUGCGACUGUUACUGCUAUUGCUGCGGCAAUAGUGUUUCAAGAGGGUGUUGGUGGAUCACUCUUUGCAAUUGCACUGAUAUUAGCAUGUGUUGUGAUGUAUGAUGCAACCGGUGUAAGAUUACAGGCUGGACGCCAAGCAGAGGUUUUGAAUCAAAUUGUGUAUGAACUUCCUUCUGAGCAUCCUCUUGCCGAGAGCAGACCACUUCGUGAACUUCUUGGCCACACACCCCCUCAGGUUAUUGCUGGUGGAAUUCUUGGUGUUGUCACAGCAACCAUUGGCCAUUUGAUAAUCUUGGCUACGAGUCAUAUAUGAUGCCCCAAUGGGUUUAACAUCCGUAUAAAUAGUGAUUACAAUUUAACAGGGUUUCUUAUUGUCACAUCUCCUGUUAUACGUUUGCAUUGCACAUUUGCAGAUCCCUCAUCAAA